AUGGCACGAUUUUUCCCCAUGAAGGGUGGUGAAGGUGUAUCUAGCUACACUAAAAACUCCUUAUUACAGAGAAAUGCUGCAGAUAAUGCAAAAGGGAUGAUCAGAGAGGCAAUUAUUGAAAAUUUUGAUAUACAAACCAAAACAUUUCUUAUUGUAGACCUGGGAUGUUCAGUUGGACCAAACACAUUUUUUGCAAUGCAAAAUAUUGUAGAGGCCAUAAAAGAUAAAUACCAUUCUCAAUCUGAAAUCGAAUUUCAAGUUUUCUUCAACGAUCAUAUCACGAAUGAUUUCAAUAUCUUAUUCAAAUCACUAUUUUCCGAUCAGAAGCCAUAUUUUGCAGCUGCAAUUCCCGGUUCUUUCUAUGGACGAUUGUUCCCCUCGUGCUCUCUUCAUAUCGCGUAUUCUUGUUAUGCGUUACAAUGGUUGUCCCAAAUGCCCAAAGAUAUGAAGAAUAAAAGAAGAAUUCAUUAUGAUGGUGCUUCUAUUGAAGUAUGGAAUGCUUAUGUUGCUCAAUUUCACAAAGAUAUGGAAGUAUUCUUGAGUGCAAGGGCAGAGGAAAUUGUUCCUGGAGGCUUAAUUGUUCUUGUUUUGCCAGCUAUUCCAAGUGAAAUACAGUACUCCAAAAUUGGAUAUAGGAUAUUCACAUUUCUUGAGUCUAGUCUUAUUGAUAUGGUCAAUGAGGGAAUUGUAGAAGAAUAUCUGGUUGACUCAUUCAAUUUUCCAGUAUAUUUUCCCUCUACUGAAGACAUGACUAAAGUGGUAGAGAAAAAUGGAUGUUUUAGCAUUGAAAGAAUGGAGCUAACAAAUCCCCAGUCAGGCAUUGAUGCAAAUAGUUUCAUCAAUCACAUAAGAGCUGGUUUUGAAGAAAUGUUCACCAUACAUUUUGGAAGAAAAAUUGCAGAUGAAAUGUUUGAGAGGACUUUGGAAAAAAUCGAAGAGAUUUCUGCAUG